AGAAUCCCCAUGUUCCUUAUAUGUUCUUCCUCCCCCUCCCCCACACAUUUUCACAUACAGAGAGAAAGAUAGAGAGGGUGAAGCGUGAACCAGAGAAGUCUCCAUUGCUUGCACAACAACUCGCCUUUGCCAAUAUAUUAUCUGAAGUAGAAAACUUUGCUAAGUAUCAUCACAGAAAUGGGUGAAGAAAACAAGGAACAGAAAAAGAAAGAGGAAAGCAAAGAAGAAAAGGCAGAAGAGAAGAAGGAAGAAGAACCACAAGAGAUUGUACUCAAGGUUGAUAUGCAUUGUGAGGCCUGUGCUAGGAAAGUGGCAAGAGCCUUGAAAGGAUUUGAAGGAGUGGAGGAUGUCACCACAGAUAGCAAGGCCAGCAAAGUGGUGGUGAAAGGAAAGGCAGCAGACCCCAUAAAGGUGUGUGAAAGGCUACAAAAGAAAAGUGGCAGAAAGGUAGAGAUAAUUUCUCCUUUGCCAAAACCAGCAGAAGAGAACAAAGAAGAAAACAAAGAACCAAAGGAAGAGAAAAAAGAAGAGCCUCCUGCUGUUGUAACAGUCGUUCUGAAAGUCCGAAUGCAUUGCGAGGCAUGCGCUCAAGUUUUACAGAAGCGAAUCCGAAAGAUACAAGGCGUUGAUUCAGUGGAAACUGACCUAGCCAAUGAGCAAGUAGUAGUAAAAGGAGUUGUCGAGCCAACGAUGCUGGUUGACUAUGUGUACAAGAGAACAAAGAAGCAAGCCUCGAUAGUGAAAGAUGAAGAAAAGAAAGAAGAAGAAAAAAAGGAAGAUAAAGAGGGAGAAAAGAAAGAAGAGGAGGAAGGCAAGGGAGAGGACGACAAGAAGAGUGACAUCAAGAAAAGUGAAUAUUGGCCAUCCAAGUACUCCUCGGAGUAUACAUACCCACCACAGAUUUUCAGCGAUGAAAACCCCAAUGCCUGUUCGGUUAUGUGAAAACCCCAUGCAGUAGUAGUAGUACUACUUGUAGUUACCCCAGCUGCCUUAUGCGAUAGUCUUCUCUAUGCAUGUGCUUUGAAGGAUACGAUAAUAAGCCUCAUGCAGAACGGAAAACCAAUGGCUCUCGCCAUAUAAAUUGUGUCCCGUGUCUUUCAAGUAUGUACCUAUGUAUCUGGACAGUAAUCAGGAGCUAUGUCUUUGGCCUAAGUUUUUGUAUCAACUAAUUUAGCAGAGAAA